AAAGUUACGGGCUUUUGGCCAAGGCUGGGAGGAACUGCGUCACGAGACGCUUUUUCGCCUAAACAUGGCGUCCUACCGGCGGUUUCGCCUGCUGCUGCCUGUUGCCACCUUUAUAUCGAGGCGGAUACGUCCCAUAUCCCUUCCUGAUUGUCAAGGUCCAAGGCUGCUUUGGGCAACACAAAAAGGGAGAAAAGCAAGAUGGGCUCUUAUGCCCACCACAUAUUUUCCAGUGAGGACCAUGUUCAUUCAGACCCAAGACACUCCAAAUCCAAACAGCCUGAAGUUCCUGCCAGGUCGCAUGGUGCUGGAAAUGGGAACACUGGAUUUCGCCAGCCCCCGCGAUGCACACUGCUCCCCAUUGGCUAGACAGCUCUUCAGAAUCGACGGUGUGAAGAGUGUUUUCCUGGGUCCAGAUUUUAUCACUAUUACCAAGACAGAUAUAGAUAUUGAGUGGAAAGUGAUUAAGCCAGAUGUUUUUGCUACCAUUAUGGACUUCUUCACGUCGGGCUUGCCCGUCGUCAAUGAGGACGCGCCUCGGCCGGAUACAGCCCCCUGUGAGGAUGACGACGAGGUGGUCGCCAUGAUCAAAGAGCUGCUGGACACUCGGAUCAGGCCAACAGUGCAGGAGGACGGCGGCGAUGUGCUGUACCGUGGCUUCGAGGACGGCAUUGUGAAGCUGAAGCUCCAGGGCUCUUGCACCAGCUGUCCCAGCUCCAUCGUGACGCUGAAGAGGGGCGUUCAGAACAUGCUGCAGUUCUACGUUCCGGAGGUAGAGGGCGUGGAGCAGGUGACUGAUGACGAUGGAGUAGAGCGGGAUGCACAGGCAUGAGUGUUUUGGCAGCCAGUCCAAACUCUGCAUCCAGACACUGCCAUCAUCGGCCUGGCUUCAAAGACGUCUCAAAAUCGACAGCGACCUCCUUGUGUGCAUUUCGGACUAUUGGGAGAGCAGUAUGACGUAUUCGCUUGGAAGACCACAGCUGUGUUUCAUGCAUGAGAUUGCUGAGCAGGCAGCAGUGACAUAUCAGUGUGACAUCAGUGGUCUGUCACUUAGUACACGUACUUUAUCUGUCAAAUGACUGGAGAAUUUAACAGCAGUGGCAUUCUUAACUAAAACCUUGGCUUUUUAUUGCCUUUUCUGCUUUUUUUUUUUUGCAAAACCUGCAAACAAUAUUUUCCACAUUCAUUUUUAUAACAUUACUUGCUGCAAACCAUACUGAAAGAAGUAAAGGUCCUCAAGAGAAUUGUUUUCCAUGACGACCAUAGAAGCAUAUACGAAGAGAAUGUCACUAGAUAUAGUCACAUACACUUGGUCUCUUGUCCUUUGUUGUCUUAUAAAAUUAGUAAUCAGAAAAUUAUUUGCAGAUAUUUGGGUGAUGUACCUCAAACUAUAGCUGUAUUUACAAAGUACUCUAGUAACUUUCAUGUGAAGUAUUACAGGAUGAUAAAAGGGUACUAUCUGAAAAUGUAUAAGAUUUGUGAAAAUUAAGAGAAAUAAUGCAAAUACUAAUUCAUAGAUUGCUUAAUAAAGUAAAAAAAAAAACAAGUCACAGUGA